GCGCCUGGCCUGAGGAUGAGGAGGGGGGAUCGGCCCGGCCUGUGAGGCUUCGGAGCGGGGCCUGGCCCGGGCCCGGCCCCCGUCUCGGCCAUGUCGGCCGAGGUGCGGCUGAAGCGGCUGCAGGCGCUGGUCCUGGACCGCAGCUUCGUGGGGCUGGAGCCGCUGCUCGACCUGCUGCUGUGCGUCCACCACGAGCUGCGCUCCUCGGCCUUGGCCCACGACAAGUACGUGCUGGAGUUCCUGCAGUGGGCGGAGCCCAUCGCCGCCAGGCUGAAGGAGCUCCAGCUAAGGAGGGAAGAUUUUGAAAUCCUCAAGGUCAUCGGCCGAGGGGCCUUCAGUGAGGUGGCGGUGGUGAAGAUGAAGCGGACUGGGCAGGUUUAUGCCAUGAAGAUCAUGAACAAGUGGGACAUGCUGAAGCGCGGGGAGGUGUCGUGUUUCCGGGAGGAGCGAGACGUGCUGGUGAACGGGGACCCGCGCUGGAUCACACAACUGCACUUCGCCUUUCAGGACGAAAACUACCUGUACCUGGUCAUGGAGUACUACGUGGGCGGCGACCUGCUGACUCUGCUUAGCAAGUUCGGGGAGCGGAUCCCCGCGGAGAUGGCGCGUUUCUACUUGGCAGAGAUGGUCCUGGCCAUCGACUCGGUUCACCGGCUGGGCUACGUGCACCGGGACAUCAAACCCGACAACAUCCUGCUGGACCGCUGCGGCCAUAUCCGCCUCGCCGACUUUGGCUCUUGCCUCAAGCUGCGGGAGGACGGGACGGUGAGCUCCGCGAUCGCCGUGGGCACCCCGGAUUACCUGUCCCCCGAGAUCCUGCAGGCCGUGGCGGACGGGGCCGCCGCCUACGGCCGCGAGUGCGACUGGUGGUCGCUGGGAGUCUUCGCCUACGAGAUGUUCUUCGGGCAGACUCCCUUCUACGCCGAGUCCACGGCGGAAACCUACGGCAAAAUUGUACACUUCCAGGAGCACUUCUCGCUGCCGCUGUCGGAGCCGGGGGUCCCCGCGGAGGCGCGGGACCUGAUCGAGCGGCUGCUGUGUCCGCGGGAGGCGCGGCUGGGCCGGCGGGGGGCGCGGGAUUUCCGCGCUCACCCCUUCUUCGCGGGGCUGGACUGGGAGGGGCUCCGCGCCAGCGCCCCGCCCUUCGUGCCCGACUUCGCCCACCCCACCGACACCUGCAACUUCGACCUGGUGGACGACGCGCUCACUGACAUGGUGAGCGGGGGCGGGGAGACGUUGUCGGACAUGAUGGAGGAUUCGCCCCUCGGGGUCCACCUGCCUUUCGUGGGGUUCUCCUACUCCUAUGCGGCCUUCGAGGACAGCGAGCCCCCGGGCCCGGCCAACCCCAUCCCCAUGGAGCUGGACCCUAAGCCGCGCCCACAACCGGAGCAGAAACCGCAACCGGAAUCACAAUCGCAACCGCAACCAGAAUCGCAGCCGGAGCCGCAACCAGAAUCGCAACCGCAACAGGAGUCGCAACCGGAGCCGCAGCCCCUGGGAGAGGUUGAGGGGGCACCGCGGGGGUCGGCCGAGGUGCGGGGGCUGCGGGAGCUGCAGGCCAAGCUGGAGGAGGAGAUGCUCAGUCGGCAGAGACUCCACCGCGAGCUGGACGCGGUCCGCGAGGCCAACCAGACCUUUGCCAGCCAGCUGCGCGCGGCGGAGAGCCGCAACGGGGAGCUGGAGGCGCAAGUCCGGCAGCUGCAGGAGCGCGUGGAGGAGAUGCGCGCCCAGGACCGCGCAGCUGGCUCAGGCCCCCUCACCCCCAGCACCCCGCAGCCGACCGCCCAUAUAGCUCCCCGCCUGCUCUGGGCCCGUCCACGCGGGUGGGGCCCUUGGGCCACCGCCUCCGCGGCCACCGCCACCGCCACCGCCGCCUGCGGCCCUUUGCCGGGGUCCCUAGGAGUGGCCUUCCUGAGGAGACGGUCAGCCUGUUCGCCGCUGCCUUGGCUCCUGCCGCAGCCCUGGGCUGGGCCAGGCUGGUGGGGUCCCGCGGCUGCGCUGCAGCCUGAGGCCCUGCCCGGCCUUCCCCCCAACAGGCCCGGGGAGGCCUCGGGCCCGUCCCCGUCCCCUCGCCCUGACCCUUAGGGCCUUGGCUCUGCCCUCUCCCCCUUCGCUCGUCCUCCCUCCCCUGGCCAGCUUGGGGAAGGGGUAGGGCGGCCCCGGAUUCCCUGCCCCGAACCCCUGGCUCCGUUCGGGGACCGGGCCCUCAGGCUUGAACCUCGUGAUCCUGGCCGCCCCGUUGGCGGCCCAGGGGAGGGCAGAGUCGGUUCGGGCUGAAAUGGGCUUUACUCGGGCUCGGUUCUAGGACUUUCGAACGGCCCUGCUGCAUCCCCCCCCUAAAAUCCUCUCCCCACUUUAACGCUCUCCCAGGACCUCACACCAGACCUCCCCGCUGCGGUUUGGUAGUUACGGACCCCACCUCCCUGCCCUUCCCCGGGGGGAGGGGGGGGGAACCCCACUACCCCUCCUUAUUUAUGCACUGCCCCCAGAGCCCAGUAUUUAUUGUGUCGUCCCACUCCUGGGCCUGCCCCCACCUCCAAUAAACCGAUCAUUCUCUAG